GGGACUCGGGGAAGUGACGCAUCAGGGGUGGGAACUGCGGUCUUGCUAGUAUGUCUGCUCUGACCCGCCUGGUACCUUUCGGUCGCGUUGGAGGCCGUCUGCUCCGAGGCUGCCGCGCGCGGGCGGCUGGAGACGGUGGAGUCCGUCAUGCUGGCGGUGGUGUGCAUAUUCAGCCCCGGUACCGGGAGUUUCCCCAGCUUACCCGGUCCCAGGUGAUCCAGGGCGAGUUCUUAAGCUCACUCAUGUGGUUCUGGAUUCUUUGGCGCUUUUGGCAUGACUCGGAUGCGGUGCUGGGUCACUUUUCAUAUCCAGAUCCUUCACAGUGGACAGAUGAAGAACUGGGAAUCCCUCCUGAUGAUGAGGACUGACACUGUAAACUCUCUGAACAAGUAGGAGCAAGGUGAGACAUUUCAAGAAAUUACAGACUUCAUUAAACGUGUAAAUUAAAGUGGCUUGCCAAAAAUGA